AUGACUCCUACCAUCCUUAUCGCCGGGGCCACUGGCAACACCGGACGAGGCGUUGUUAAAACCUUAAUCCUUGCUCUUACACGUUCCUCGCGCGGAGAUACAGCAAAACAGCUCGCCGAAUUGCCCUACGUCGAAGUAGCAGAAAAGAAUUGGGCUGAGAUCACCUCGGACUGGCUCCGUCACAACAAUGUUGUGAGGGCGUUUAUUGCUUCACACAUGCACCCGAAUCACUUCGCCGAAGAAUCGACAUUUCACCUGGCCGCUCUCACAGCAGGCGUUCAGUAUGUUGUACGAAUCUCAACAACAGCUGCGAAUGUGCGUCCGGAUUGCCCUGCCUACUAUCCAAGGACGCACUGGGCAAUUGAGGCCUUGCUGAGCUCGCCGGAAUUUGAGCGUUUGCGAUGGACUUCGCUGCAGCCCAAUGUCUUUUCCCAAUUCUACCUUUCUCCUGCCGCCGAGUUGAUCAAGAACUUCCGCAAGACGGGGAAGCAGGAUAUCCUAAAGCUUAUGGCUUCAGAGGGUGCGCCUGUUGGCAUCAUCGACUCGAAUGACGUCGGAGUUUUCGCAGCUCACCUUUUGACCGCGGAUGAUGUUACCCCGCACAACAAGGCUAAAUACGUCUUAAACGGACCAGAGGAUAUCACCGGGCGCCAAAUUGUAACAAUGGUUGAGGAGUACAUUGGCUCCGAAGUUGAAGAUGUUCGCUUUCAGGAUCUAUCAUUUAUCGACCACCAGACAGCCCAAACUCAGGAGUCAAAAACUGUCAUUUUAUCAAUCAAGCGUGCUCUGGACACAGCCUGGGAGGGGGAGUGCAGAGCUUCCACGACGAGCAAUGAGGUCCUUCAGCUAGCUGCGCCGAAACGUACGCCUGCUGAAGUUUUCAAGACAAUGCUGGAGGAAUAG